AUGGCUGGAUUGUUCUCCACAAUCACACGAGCCACGUUGUUGGCACCGGUCUCACACCGCAGCUCUCGGGCCACCAUAUGCCGCCGUGAGAAUGCCGGACCAGACACCGGUCGAGAAAGACGGGGUCAUAAUCGGAAAGUGUACCGUAUAAAAGGGCUCUUGAGAGUGAGGAAUUUGGCAUCUCCUUUUUUCUUUCCGGAUCAAAUGGGUCAAGUUCAGGGAACACAUAUGGUGAAAACAAGUUAUUGCUCUUUCAACUUCUUGGCAUCUUCGCAGGUAAAUCGGAACGCUGUUGCAAUUGUCCAUUUCUUGCUAUCAGAUGAAACAAAUAACUGGACUGCACUAAUUCAAGUUGUUGAACGACCACCUGUUCAGACUAGCAAAAAUAAUACGUCCACGCUUUACCGUAGAUAUUUGUUUACAGAUGAGGAGGGGACAAAAGUUUCUGCGGUUGUUUAUAAUGCUGUUAUUAACGAGUUUGAUGAACUUCUUAUGCCAUACAAGAGAUACUACCUAUCUGGAGCAAAAGUUCGGCCCGAGGUUCCUUUAUAUCAAGUUAGUGACUACAAAUACAACUGGCUUAUAGUUUCUGGAACUAAUGUUGAAGAAUACCAAGAGUCCCUGCCUCCACAACUUCCAUGCCACAUUGAUAUCCACACCUUUGCAGACAUACACAAGUACGCAGACACAGACAACCCCAGAAGUGAGUAA